GAAGUCCAGUAUUCAAAUUUCAAUCCAACCAUUGUGUGUUGGUGACCUGAAUGGUUGGCACCAAUGCAGAUAAACAGCCAAUCUUCAUUUCAUCUCCCGGAUCAAUGGUGAAAGCAUUUGAACCAAAACCCUACCCAAGGCAGAUUGAAAUUGAUAGUAAAUUUUUGGAAGCAGAGCACAUCAUGGAUUACAGCCUUCUGAUAGGCGUCCAUUAUUGAGCCCCUCAACACCUGCGAUCUCGUAUGCCUUUCAAUCGAAGUGUAACAGCAGAUGGAUUGGGAAUUGUUGCAGAAGAAGAACCUAUAGAGGACGAGAUCUCCAACUACCCGCAAGGCCUUGUUUUGGUCCCUCAUGGAGCUGAUGAUAAUAGUUUUAUCGUGGGUCCUCAUAUCAGAGGUAGCCGAUUGAGAGCUGCAUCUGCUACUGGUGAUGAGGAAGUGGAUCUUCUUCUUCCGGGAACAGCAAGACUCCAAAUCCAGCUUGGAGUGAACAUGCCAGCAAGAGCAGAGCAUAUUCCAGGGAAAGAGGAAAAAGAGAUGUUUCAUGAAGUAUAUGAUGUCGUAUUGUACCUUGGUAUCAUCGACAUAUUGCAGGACUACAACAUGAGUAAGAAGAUUGAGCAUGCAUACAAGUCUAUUCAAUUCGAUUCUGUGUCAAUAUCUGCAGUGGAUCCUACAUUCUACUCUCAGCGCCUUUUAGAAUUUAUUCAGAAGGUGUUCCCGCCAAAUGUUGUAGUGAGUUAAAAAGACCACCCCGGAUUGUAACUUAUUUCUGCCACUGGUGAGGGUUGCCGUUGACCCUUUCUGCUUGACAUGAUGGUUCCGACAUUUCAAAAACCACAAUGGAAUUCUGUUACCAGGGUUACUUAAAAGGGGAAGAAGGUCUCCGCUGCUGUAUGCUUUACAAAUAUGAAAGCUAGUGUUCUCUUGUUGAGAGUGCAUAAAAAAUGUCUAGGCUUUCAAUUUUUUUUUUCUCCUGUGAUUGUGUGCAGCUUGUUAUAACAGAUAUAAUGAUACACUAAAAAUUCUUAUGCUGGCCCGGGCAUUUUAUCAGUAUCAUAUUGCUUUUUAAGUGCUA